CACGUGUUUGAUUCUCGUUCCAGUGUAUUUUCUGACAUUUUAUGUCAGUCUUGAUUUCAUUUGUAUUUAAUUUAUUUCAAAAUCGCUUGAUCCUGUUUUCAAUCAAACUGAGCUUUUAUUAAACAGUUUACAGCCCCAAAUUGGUACAGAAAUUCUCACAAACAAAAAUGGAUGUACUACCUUCAAAAAGUACAGCUUCAGACUACCAAAUGAUUACAAUGAAGCAGAACGUUUCUCAACAACAUGAAUACCCAGAAACAAAAGGCUUGUAUAUAUUUUUCUAUUUAUUCAUACUAUAUGUACAGUAUGUCUACACAUGUUUCAAUAUAUCCUGUUUGUGUUGUAAAAUUCCAUGUACUCUGCAAACUAUAUACAUAACACACAACAAGCUGAAAAUACAGAAAAAACAAGCAAAGUCUAAAAAGGCCAGACAAAGAUGUUCACUCCAUUUGUUGAUGUUGAUCAGGCCACAUGUUUUCACCCCCAUCACACUGCAGGAUGUCUGUCACAAUGCAGUAAGGACUGACUGCUGGUUGAACCAUUGUACAAAGAGGUUUUGCACACAGAAUAGGUUGUCAGUUUUCGGAGUGAUUUGCAUUAGUUAAGACAAGGUUGUUUUGGUUUAGUUAAACACUGUUUCUUGUGUAUGAAAAUAACAUACCGUUUGGCAAAAAAAGAAACAGUUGUGCUAGUUAAGUUAUAAGGGAGAUGAAGGGGAUCUCAGUUUCAUGAUUUUUAUUUUGCAAUUUAGAAGACAAACUCUAAUCACAACACAGACCUGCUGGUAAACUGUAAUCACUUGUCAUUUCAUACUGCUCUCUCAGUCUCAAGGAGACAUGAGGUCCUUCUGACACAGGGGUUUACAGAAAGAGAAAAACACCAGUUUGCAAAGGUGUUAAAACCAUGCACACAGCAUGUGUGAUUCAUCUCCAAACCAGAAUGAGCCAGAUUUCAAACGACCCCACACAGAUGCACACUUCCUACCCCACCUGCCAUCCAGGCUGGUUUCUAUGCAAGCUUGUUGUAAUCUGGUUCCUCAAGGGGAUCAUAUGAAGCUAGGUGGAGGAGGUAUUCAGAUGAAGAGAUGCUGUCUCUGGGUCUCCUGGGGUUUACACUGGUCUUAUCAGCCUCUACUGUCACACCAGCAGAUGUCCUUCCCUCUUGUCCCUCGUGUCCCAGAAUGCUUGGCGGUGUCCAUCGUAGGAGGCCAGGAGGUCAAGCCUCCUUACAUACCCUGGAUGGCAUCUGUUCAGGUCAACGGGUUUCACGUUUGUGGAGGAAUCCUGGUGAAGGAACAGUGGGUUCUCACAGCGGCACACUGCCCAGGGGGAGAGGACUCCAGGCAGGUUGUGACGGUGCUCCUGGGAGCCCACGCUCUGGACCAGCUGGAGGGGACGACUCGUGUGGGAGUGGCCAGGGGCUUCAGACCAAACACCUUUAGCAGAACAACCUUCGCGGAUGACAUCAUGCUGAUCAAGCUGCACGCCAAGGUGAAGCCAAAGAAGAAGCACAUUGAGGUGAACCAGCUGUCUCGGUCUGGGAAAGACGUGCCCACGGGCACCAGGUGCCGGGUGUACGGCUGGGGCACGGUGAGCGCCCAGGGCUCCACCCCAUCCAAUCAUCUGAGAUGGGCUGAGGUGAAGGUGGAAGACCGAGAGCUGUGUACCUGCUAUUACAACAACAAGCCAAUCAUCAACCAGGACAUGCUGUGUGCUGGGAACAAGAAGAGAGAGGCGGAUGCCUGCAAGGGAGACUCUGGCGGGCCUUUGGAGUGUAAUAAAGUCCUGGUGGGUGUGGUCUCCGGGGGUAAUGGCUGUGGGAACCCUAAGAAGCCAGGGGUUUACACCCGCCUCUCUCAGCGCCACCUGGCCUGGGCCAACAACAUCAUCAAGAGAGAAACCAACUCCACUCUCUGGAAUGGCCUGUAAACCAUCCUGGGUGAACUUGAUUUAAAUGUCCUGUAUCCCAUUGACUUACAGUCAACAUCAGUGUACAUUACUAUUUACAAAUAAAGGAUCAAUACUGUUUUUA